AUGGGUCAGACGCGCAACAGCGGACGCCUUAUUAGUGCCAUCAGACCCAGCCAGACUAUAAAAACCCUGGGAAUCGAUUCGAGUGACCAGCUGAAGGAUGCCUUUCUCGCACUGGCACUCUCAGAAACAGUUUACAGAAUAUUGGAUCCAGGAGGCUUGCCACAGGCUGCACAUGUCGCAGACGAGCUUUGCAGAGCUCUGCCCAAUCCCUCCGACAUACAACUGAGGCUGCAAUGGUCCUCGCCAGACUUGGCGCACAGGUACAUGGUGGCUCAGAGCAAGGAUGCCUUGUAUGUGGCAUUCAUGGGCACAAAACAACAGCGUGACAUUCUUAUCAAUGCCAGCAUAGGCAUGGCCCCUAUCUGGCCUGAGCCUGCUUGCAACAGCCAGAUCUGCUUGUUGGACCUCUUGCACACUCUGGAGAGGGCCUCAGAGAUCUUCAGAGUGCCGGUGUCUUGCAUAGGAUAUGCCACGCCGGCCAUCGGCAAUGCUGCACUCGCCAGCCUUAUUGAGGAGAAGGGCUGGCACAGCCUGUUCAAGAAUUACAUCCUACCUGAGGAUCUCCUUGGCAGCUUCUUCGGCCGGCGGGUGCACCCCAGCUCUGCAGAUAUCCCGGGUGCGCCAGCUGCCCCCCAGCCGCCGGCAGUAGCUUCGUGGCAGCUGCCAGAUCUUGCAGGCGCAGCUGCCGCCGUCGCCACCCAACUCGGCGGCACAAAAGGCGGCGGCGCGCCACAGUCGCCUGGCCGCAACCGGGUAUUAAGCGCCAAGGCAGAGCCGCGCAGCUUUAAUAACAUCGUGCCCUGCCCAGCAUCGCAGUCAGGCCUAGUGUUCAGCCGGCCGCUGCACCUGGGCCUCCCAUCGCCGCUGCUGAGGGACAUGCUCAGCGGCGCGCGUGGAGAGCUGUCGUCCAUGUCGCUCGAAAUGGCCGACACCGACGCAUGGCUCUUCCGCAACGACGCCGGCCGCAGGCCCCGCUGCUCUGCCGCUGCCGCAGCGGGGACCCGGCUUGCGCACAGCUCUGUCCAUAAAAUAUCUAUAGCAUCUACUUUGCCAGAAGCCAGCCCACAGCCGCUGGCUGCCUCCAUGGUUGAUGACGCGCCGACAAAGCUGGACAGCUGGAGCACGUUUGUGAAGGCAGACGGCAGACAGAGACUUUGGGGCACUUCAGCAAAGGCAGCGACCAUACAAGCACAGCACUCGCCAGGCCUCGCGGCAGGAGCCGUCUAUGUGCAGGCCCCACGCCCUGCAUCUGGAGAUUCCCAGGGCGGCGCUCUUGCGCAGGGGGACCCACUGAGCAGCCCUUGCAGUUGUAUCAGCAGCAGCAGCAGCCUGAGCAGCCUGGACAGCGAGGAGGAGGUAGCGCUGGCCGCGGCAGGCCAUCUCUUGGGGCAGAUCGACGGCCUCAAGUGCGACGCAGCCGCCACAAUUCUGCGGCGGGCGCGCUUGCUUGCGAGCGCUUUUCUGCUGCCGCUCGCUGUGCUGGGCGAGUAUGUGCCGAUCGGCCAGCAGUGGAGCCUCGCAAAGCCGGCGCAGCUGAGGGGUGUGCUGACAGAUGUCGGUGAUGUCAGCGCUGAGCUGGCGAGCGAUAUGUCACGGGUCGAUGCGCUGCAGCGGCGGCUGCGGACCAUCUUCUGGAUGCACCGGCUGCCGGUGUACCGCGCUCGCCUUCGGGAUAUCUAUGACAGCAACUACGGUGGAGGGCCAAAUGCAGAACGUGAGGGCAGGAUCAGGCGGAAGCAUGCUUGGCUGGCGGAUGACGUGGCUCCAGCCAUGCAUGUGGACAGCGCCCGAGUCAUAGCACCACCCGAGAAAUCAACUACAAGCGGCAUGGGCCGUGUUGAUGUCUCAAGCCAUCUGAGCACUGCAUCUGGCGAUAUUGAGCAGCAGCGCAAGGGCCUGCUUCUUAUUGUUGCAAGCCUCCUGACAGUGAUUGCACGGAGGCCGGAUGUGGAGGUGGAUGAUGCAAAGCAUCGCCAUCAUGUUGGACCUGUGACAUCACCGCAAGAGGACCGCCAGCUGCUUCUUCUAAGCUUGCAGGUUCCUCAGGCAGUGGUGUCCAGCUUGCAAGAGGGGCGUGACAGCAGCCUACAUUUGAUGACCAACUUCCACACGACAGUGGUUGCUGUGGAACCAGUUUCUCUGUAA